AAUAGUCUAUCCUGAAGUUCUCAGGAUUGGAUACUGAGUGACAUUCCUAUAAAAUGACACAAUGGCAUCCAGAGACCUGGCCAUGGGGAUCUUCUUCCUAUCCCAGACAGCACUGGGCAUGUUCGGGAACUUAGCCUUGCUUUGCUGUCUCAUUCUUUCUAACUUCAGUGGGAUCAGGGUGAGGCCCACAGACCUGAUUAUCAAACACCUGACUUUGGCUAACAUCAUGGUUCUUCUCUGCAAAGGAAUCCCUCAGAUAAUGGCUGCUUUUGAUGAGACAUAUUCUCUAGAUAAUAUUUCAUGUAAACUUGUCUUUUAUUUUCAUAGAGUUGCCAGGGGAGUAUCCCUUGGUUCCACAUCCCUGUUGAGUGUCUUUCAGGCCAUCACCAUCAGCCCCAGUAAUUCCAAGUGGGCACAGCUCAAGGUCAAAACCCCUAGGGUAGUUGGUCCUUUCCUAGGCCUGUGCUGGGCCCUGUAUCUACUUACAUAUAUCUUUCUCUUGAGUACAGUAACUGACAUGAGGAAUAAAGGAAAUCUUACUGAAUUUAGACAAUUUGUGUAUUGUUUAGUAGUAAAACCUUCCAAACAAUCUCUCAACGUAUGUGCAAUCCUAUUAGCUUCCAAUGAUGUUAUAUGUUUGGGACUCAUGGUGUGGGCCAGUGGCUUCAUGAUGUUAAUCUUGUUCAAACAUAAACAGAGGGUCCAGCAUAUCCACAAAUCUGUAUCUACUAAAUCAUUUCCUGAGACCAAAGCCACACAAAGUAUUCUUACCCUAGUGAGCAGUUUUGUGGUUUUUUAUGGAUCCUCUCUUGCCUUAAUGGUAUAUUUUUCUUUCCAGGAUGGAUCAGAUACGUGGCUGGCCAAUGCCAAUGUGGCCAUGAGUGCAAGCUUCUCAGCACUCUCGCCCUUUCUGCUCAUCAGACACUAUAUCAGGGAUUUUCAUCCAGGCAGUACUCAAAUUUAUCAAUAACCAAUUUAUUUUUGUGUUGUCAGGGUACUCUAAAACAUAGACUGUAUACAGUACUUUAUAUUCAAAAUGACCCCUUCACAUCAGAUCCAUUCUGUAGGUACAGUAUCUCCUAACACUCUUGGGACACAGUCUUGAAUCCAAUUGCUGUCCAUUGUUUCAAUUCAGAAUAUUGUAGUACUAGAUUAAUUCAAUAUUUGGGGUGUAGAAGUUGUUGUGAUUAUUAUGAUGGUUUGUAAAGGUCUGAUUAUCAUU